AUGAAGCGGAAGAGCGAGCGGCGGCCAAGCUGGGCCGCCGCGCCCCCCUGCUCGCGGCGCUGCUCGGCGUCCUCGCAGAGAGUGAAAAAGAGCCGCAGCUCCACGUCGCAGGAACUGCCCCGCCUGGACCAGCAGGACGACCUGUACCUGGACAUCACCGAUCGCCUUUGUUUUGCCAUUCUCUACAGCAGACCAAAGAGUUCAUCAAAUGUACAUUAUUUCAGCAUAGAUAAUGAACUUGAAUAUGAGAACUUCUACGCAGAUUUUGGACCACUCAAUCUGGCAAUGGUUUACAGAUAUUGUUGCAAGAUAAAUAAGAAAUUAAAGUCCAUCACAAUGAUGAGGAAGAAAAUUAUUCAUUUUACUGGCUCUGAUCAGAGAAAACAAGCGAAUGCUGCUUUCCUUAUUGGAUGUUAUAUGGUUAUAUAUUUGGGGAGAGCUCCAGAAGAAGCAUAUAGAAUAUUAAUGUGUGGAGAUACAUCCUUUAUUCCUUUCAGAGAUGCUGCCUAUGGAAGUUGCAAUUUCUACAUUACGCUUCUCGACUGUUUUCAUGCAGUAAAGAAGGCAAUGCAGUAUGACUUCCUUAAUUUCAACUCAUUUAACCUUGAUGAAUAUGAACACUAUGAAAAAGCAGAAAAUGGAGAUUUAAAUUGGAUAAUACCAGACCGAUUUAUUGCCUUCUGUGGACCUCAUUCAAGAACCAGACUUGAAAGUGGUUACCACCAGCAUUCUCCUGAGGCUUAUAUUCCAUAUUUUAAGAAUCACAACGUUACUACCGUUAUUCGUCUGAAUAAAAGGAUGUAUGAUGCCAAACGCUUUACGAAUGCUGGUUUCGAUCACUACGAUCUUUUCUUUGCGGAUGGCAGCACCCCUACUGAUGCCAUCGUCAAAGAAUUUCUGGAUAUUUGUGAAAAUGCGGAGGGUGCCAUUGCAGUACAUUGUAAAGCUGGCCUUGGACGAACAGGCACUCUGAUAGCUUGCUACAUCAUGAAGCAUUACAGGAUGACAGCAGCUGAGACCAUUGCUUGGGUCAGAAUCUGCAGGCCUGGCUCAGUGAUCGGACCACAGCAACAAUUUUUGGUGAUGAAACAGGCAAGCCUCUGGUUGGACGGUGACUAUUUUCGUCAAAAGUUAAGGGGUCAGGAGAAUGGAAAACACAGAGCAGCUGUCUCAAAACUCCUCUUGGCUGUUGAUGACAUUUCAAUCAAUGGGGUCGAGAACCAAGACAAGCAAGAACCCGAACUGUACAGUGAUGAUGACGAAAUCCAUGGAGUGACACAAGGUGAUAGACUGCGGGCCCUGAAAAGCAGAAGACAGUCAAAAACAAACGCUAUUCCCCUCACAUGUCCCCUAGUGGUGCUGACCUCUGCACUGUGUAGUGUUGUCAUCUGGUGGAUUGUUUGUGACUACAUUCUUCCCAUCCUGCUAUUCUGUCUGGAUGGUUUCAGAACACAGUAGCCGUCGGGACCCUUUGACCAAUAGCUGCUAGUAAUUCUUCAGUCCAGUGUUCAGAGCUGUAAAACAUCUGAACCUAACAUUUCUGGCAGUGCAGGCAUUACUAAAAGAACCACCAGAUCUGCUUCAAGAAAAAGCAGUUUUAAAAGUCCCUCCAUUUCAAGGACUAAAACAGUCUUGCGUUAAGUAAAAACCUGUGACCAGAACUGAAGGAAGACUCUAGGAACAGAAAACUACAGCAGGACUUAGCACAAAUUUAUUUGGAAACAAAACAAAAUUGCAAAAGCCUUAGCUGCUUUCCACCUAAGAAGUUUAUUCAAUGAAGACAAUGUCCACUGGAGUUUAAAUAACUACAUGAGUUUGGGCACAAGCAGUGACUUGAAGAAGGCCCAGCUCUCCUUUUGUAGAAACGUCUCAAGUUUAACGACAAAAAAGCUGUUGUAAGUUUAGUCUCAGGUGUAAAUAUGAAAGCCGUCUGGUGUCGGGAGAGCUGACUAGUCGGUGUGGUGCAUGUGUGUCCCUGUGAUGGCAAUCAUUUUAGCUGCUGGCCUUCAGAGGAAGUGAGGAUCUGAUGGAGGUUUUUUACGUAUUUAUUUUCUGUUCACCCUGUGUCGAAAUUUAUAAAGAGAAAACAGGCAUUACUGAAAUGGUACUCUCUGUAAUUUGAUACUAUUUGGUUUAACCAUCUUCACUUUAAUAUUUGUAACGUUGUUGUAAUGGUAACUCUGUUUAAGUACCCAAGCUGCUUGUCUUCCACCAAAGAGUGCUUUAUUAACAAGAACCUGUGAAAAUCCUGUUUGAAGACUGUUGGAUGUUGUGAUACAAAGUGGUACUUUGGCAACCUAAACUGGUAAGAGAAUAUGAGUGGUAGCUCUAGAAGACUCGGGAGGGGAAACUGGCUGCAGAGUUGGAAGAUUGUUGGAAGUCAUUCCUCUUCGUGUCACUGAGGGACUGGAGGAUGCCAAGGCUGCCCACUGUUUGGUUGCCCAGUCAUACAAAUUAAAAUCGUAUUUCCUUCCACACAUGAUUUAAAAAAAAAACAAAACACUGUUGGUGUUUCCCUUGGAAACAGCCAUCCCAAAUAAUGGUGGCUUAAAAAAAAAAAAGGUACUGCUUUAUUAGGGUCUUUCUCUGUAGCAUUGUGGAUUUCUUUUUUUUUAUGUGAUCAGCCUAAGACCAUUCACACACCCUUUGAUUUCAGUGACAGUUACUCGCAUCUGGAUUUCAGUUGUUUGUAAAUAAGAGACUCACUGUUGCCUUUGGUUAGGGAAUACAACUAACUCUUUGCAGAGUGCCUUCGCCCCUCCACCCUACAGAAACACAGCAGAGUCUGUGAUAUAAAGCAAUCACAAAAAAAAAAAUUUAUUUGCUGCUAAAA